AAAUAUCAAAUAGUAUACGUUUUUUAUAAUUAUUUGUUAGAUAAUUAAUUUAUUGCCAAUAUCAAAAUUGAAAGUAGUAACCAUAAAACUUAUGGUAUAAAUAUAUUUGUUUGCUUAACUUUUAACUGGGAAACUAAUGUAAAAUCACAAAUGAUUUAUGAAUAAAGCAGUAAAUUUCAUAUAAUAUAAUGGCAUUAGUAAGGUCUAAAGGUGAACCACCAAAAGAUGCUAUUCGACUAACUGAGGACGAAGCUCUCCAAUAUCAGUGGAAGUUAAUAUGGAAUUGGGAAGAACAGUCAAAAGUAUUACCUCUGCGAUACGGUGCAGCAGUUUCAGGAUUUUGUUGUGGCCUUGCAGGUUUUUAUUUGAAUAAUCAUUACAGACAGAAGUUAAAGUUGAGAACCUUUGGUAAAUUGUCUAGUUUUUUACCUAAUGUAAUAUUACCUACAAUAGCUGGAUCAUUUUUUCAUAUGCAGUUUGUGACGUCUGAUAUUCUUCUACAUAAAACACAAUGUCCAGUUUGCUUGGAGGUAAGGGCUAUAGCAGGGCAGACUUUUCUUGGGCUUUUAUAUCCAGUGAUACUUAGUCCAGUUGCAGGAUUUGUGAAUGCUAACAAUUAUCUUACAUACAAUGUACCUCCAUUCCGGAAUCCUAAAGAAGUAGUUAAACUGUUUUGGAAAUUUACAAAGCCAAUAACAACAAGUAUAUCAAUAAUUUUAGCAUUGCAAACAUUGAGUGCAAGUUUAUUAACUUAUCUGGAACUAAAUGUCUUGCAUGAUGUGGAAACAGAAUUAUUAAAAGCAGAAUCUACGAACAAGAGCUAGUUAAUUGGAAAUAUUAAAUUUAGUGAAUUUGAAUUUAAAUUUAUCAAAUAAAUUUGUACAUAUAUUUAUGACAAAAUUAUGAGUAUUAAAGAAAGAUCUAUUUCAGAGCUUCAACACAUUGUACAAACUU